UCUGAUUCUCUAUCCCUCUCUGCCAUGGAAGUACAAGCUCCACCGCCGACGUGCUGGAGCAAUAUCCUCAAGCAGCAACCCCCGCCGCAACCACAACAAAAGCAGCAACCAAAUGAAUUUAUCGCUCAAAAAUUGGUGGGGAGCUGCUCUUCAACAAAAGGAAUCGCGGUGGCGGUUGUUGACGCCAACGCCAUAAUCCAGGGAGGAGAGAAGCUCCUCCACUCCGCCGACCGCUUCGUCUCCGUCGCCGAGGUCAUCACCGAAAUUCGCGAUCCCGCCUCUCGCCACGCCCUGCACUUUCUGCCCUUCACUGUUGAUACUCUGGAACCUUCACCUGAUGCUCUUAAGAAAGUGGCCAGCUUUGCUAGGGCUACGGGUGAUUUGCAAACACUUUCGGAUGUGGACUUGAAGCUCAUAGCCUUGACCUACACAUUGGAGGCCCAAAUCCAUGGGACUCAGCAUCUCAGAGACAACCCGCCUGCCAUUCACGCAGUUAAUGUUAAAAGGCUUCCAGAAAAGGACUUGCCUGGAUGGGGUUCUAAUGUCCCUAAUCUUGAGGAAUGGGAAGCACUAGAUCAUGCUGAAGACAAUGGAUCACAUGCUGAUUCUAGAAUUUUGCCCCUCAAAGAUUUGAGCCUUGGUGUUAUUCCAGAAGGUCAAAUUGGUAUGGAGGAUGCUUCUAGUCACGAUGGUAGGUCGUGUGCGGGAAACCAGGAGGAUGGUGAUGCUGGUUUUGAGAAACCAAAGAGAUACUAUCCGAUGAAGAAGAGCGAGGUUAAAAUUGAUGGGAAAAAGAUGGUGGCUGGUGGUAUUGAUGCAUCGCUAGGUCAGUCUGAGGAAAACUCCGAUGAUUGGCGACCUGCCGUUAGUCGAAGUACCCAUAGAAGAUUUCUCAGGAGAAAAGCUAGACGUGACAUGAGUGAUGCUUCAUCCGUACAACAAGACACACCCAGUAAUCCAGAUACUGAAAACAUUGAUGAUGACGCAUGUCCAGAGCUUGUUGUGGAUGAAAAUUAUGAGCAAACGGUUAAUGGUUUCUGUAAGGAUGUUAACGGAAAUGCAGAUAUCUCUGAAGGUAUGAAUAAGAUGAAACUGGAUGAAGAAUGCUUGAUGUCUUCUCAAAAUGGCGAGAGGGUUAAUCUUCCUUCUCAGAGAGAUGAAUUCGGUGGGGUAGAGGCAAUAGAUUAUUCUGGUGACACACUGCAGGAGGACCUUGUUGAGAGCACUGAACAGCUCGGGAACUUAGAGAUUACAAGUCAGACAAAUGAAGAUGCUGAUACAUGGCAUACAGAUGAUAUAAGUAGCGAACAGAGCUGGACUCUUAGAUCCUUAUCCGAGUCUAGUGUCGCUUGCAUAACUGCUGAUUAUGCAAUGCAAAAUGUGCUUCUUCAGAUGGGUUUAAGACUUCUGGCCCCUGGAGGAAUGCAGAUUCGCGAGCUUCACAGGUGGGUGCUUAAAUGCCAUGCUUGUUCUAAGGUGACCACAGAAAUCGGUAAGAUUUUCUGUCCCACAUGUGGGAAUGGUGGCACAUUACGAAAGGUUGCUGUUACGGUUAGUGACAAUGGUAUUAUAUUGGCCACACGUCGACCACGCGUAUCCUUACGUGGAACAAAGUAUUCACUGCCUCUACCUCAAGGUGGUAGAGAUGCAAUUACAAAGAACCCUAUAUUACGUGAGGAUCAGCUUCCGCAGAAAUUUCUGUAUCCAAAGACAAAGAAGAAGAAUAAGCAGGAUGAUGAUUUCUUUAUACCAGAUGACAUUUUCCUCCACCACAAUGAUAAGAAAGCUCCACUCCAGCCUCCGGUUAGGAAAGCACUUGCUGUCUUCAGCGGCAAGAGGAAUCCCAACGACAUCCGUUAUGCCCCUCGAAAAUGCUAAGCACCAUACUUCCAUAUCUACUUUAGCUUUAAUGCAUCAAUUUUGUUGUGGCUAAUGUACGAGACAAGAUGAGUAGUGAUUUUUUUCCCCUUUUCCCUUUUCUGUUGUGAUGUAAUCAAGUUUUGCUCCGAUAGGUUUUUGGAUACUUCAAAUGAGUCAUGGUUCAUUGUGUUAA